AUGGGAAGUGGUGCUGCAGCUCUGCUGUUGCUCAUCACACUCUCUGACAGGACCAUUCGUUUCCGGGGCUUGGAGAAGUUUCACGCUGUGAGCUGUGCUGAAGAGGAGGCUGCUCCCGACAAGUGUGUUCUUCUCAACCCAGAUGGCUGCUGCUUGUACGGUGGCUUCCAGGAUUCGCUGCGUGUGUAUGGCUGGGAGCCAGAGUGCUGUUUUGAUGUGGUCUUGCUGAUAGACCUUCCAGUCCUCGACUCCUUACUUGAGCACCAGGCAGUCAAGCCUCAGCUUCCACAACCGAAGGAGGACUCUGCAUAUGUCAUCACAAGAAACUACUUGGACAGAGAGAUGCUCAAGGCUUUUGGUGACUCACACAGGAAUUUUGUCCUUGUCCAUAACGAGAGCAGUAGUGAGAGCAAGAGGUGCAUUCCCAGCAGUGAAGACGACCGGGAUGAGAAGGAGUCCAAGGCUGAGAUCCAGAACUCAGAGGACUACAAAGAGAUCUUCCAGCCCAGCAAUGCCAUCUCUCAAACUCCUCCUCAAAUCAAUGCAUUUGCAGCCCCCCCACAGGAUAAGCCUGCAACUGCAAAGGAAGCAGCAAAGCCUAACCAAGCUGCGGAAGUCCAGACCCCGUUGCCAAAGCAAGUGCUGUCGGAGCCAUUUCAGAGGGCACCAAUUGCUUCCCCCUCAACUCCUGUGCCCAGGGCAGAGCCAUCAGUGAUUCCUGAAGCCAGGAACAAGCCCGUUGGCCUGAAAGCCUCUGACUUCACAGCAGGUGUGAGAAACCAAAGCCAGACUGAGCUCGAGGAUGAGGAAAUCACGUCCCAGAUCAGGAAAGGCCACAAGACUGUGUGCAUGGUGCUCACCAGCCGCCACAAGAAUCUGGACCCUGUGCGGGCUGUGUGGAUCAGCAGUGACAUCGAGAACUCUGUGGGCUCUGCUGGAGCAGCCAACGACCUGUCUGUUGCUGUGGGCCUCUUGAACAUUGUCAACCAAAUAGCGUCCCUCUGGAAGAUGGAUUUA